AUGUCCAUACCCUCAACAGGUCGACUUUUCCGUCAUGUUGCCGAUAUCAUAAACCUCCACCCUGGAGAAGACCCUUGCUGUGCUGGAUACGCCACCCCACAAGGACACCAAUGCCAUCAAUAUAUCCCCGCUUCCGAUUCCACCGCUGCCUGUAGGCUCCUUGACCGGGCCACUGAGGAUCUUCAUGUCGGACGCCCCAUAGAUCACUACCUUCAGGAUUUGGCAUCACUAGUUCUUUGCAGAACUCACCGUCAGGCACAAGCACCCGAUCUAAUUGUGACCUGGGGCGCGCAGAUACAACGCUUCCAGACGGAUCUAAGGGCGUUGAUGGAUCAGAUAUGGUUGGAGGACGACCUUAGCACAGAACUGCGGCACACGAUGGACCGGACAUCUCAAGUUGUCACACAGCUUCACACGCAACUUUCUGAACUGAGCGCCACAGCGGCGGGCCUAAGGACUCUUGGCGCUCAUGCGACGAGGGCUGUGAUACCUGCAAGUGCUACCUUGCAACGGGAAAGGGAACGAUACUUGUCGACAAUGGCUGGUCAUACUGGACACCCACUCGAGUCGCUAGCCAUAAGAGCUGGAACCACAGGGACCCAACAUCUCGACAUCGCGGCAAUGACAGCUCCAGGAAGACUUGGAUCCACGGGCUCUGCAGGGUCCUCGGUAAUUCGUGGGCAGGUCGACGGGGAGUGUUCAAUUUGCUUAAUGCCAUUAGGGGAGUCAGAACAUUCGACCAACAAUGGCGAAGGGCCCAGUGGUAACAACGGUGGGAAUUCCAGGGGGGGAAACCAAACAAAGCAAUUCUCAGCCCCUAACAGCUCCUUUCAAGGACAUGCCCAGGUGCUUGUCUGGUGCAAGAGGCGAUGUGGUGCCAACUUCCAUAAGUCUUGUAUGGACCAGUGGACAAAAGCAUGCCAGAAGGAUGGUCGUCAAGCACAGUGCCCUAUGUGCCGAUCAUCUUGGAACGCAUGA